AUUUCAUUAGUAUACCCCCCAAACACGCUAUUUACCGAAACAUGCUGCACUGGAUAAGGCAGAGAGCUUUUUGUUCUGUGAAAUAUAUAUUAACGUGACAUUAGGUGCUCUCUAUUCGGUACUUUGAGAGGUGUCAUACUUCUGCAGUUUAAAAUACAUGUUUCUAUUAUGGUUUAUUCGUUUGAAUAUGCUGUAACUCAGAAGUAAGUAAUGCUAACAAGCUAAAGCUACCUAUAGAAGUACCAUGUUGACUGAACUAUUGCAAGGAGCUGACGCUGGAGGGUUUGUUAUUAUUCAAGAUUCCAUUAGAUGUUCUGGUCGACACCUCUUGAAGAGCUUCAUCAAUGCUGCUUUAAACAGAGAGGAAGCUGUCCAUGUCCUUGGCUUUGAAGUCGAUGAGGAAGAGCUGAAGGAUGGAUUGAAAGGAUCAGCCAUCGAUAGGGUACACUUUCACAAUGCUUACACAGACCCCCUUGGCUGGACUGAUCACCCAGCUUUUACAGUUCACCAGUUCUGUUUGGAGGAACUUACACAUCUGGUUAAGCAAUCAUCACACUCAAGACCUGCUACCUUAGUGAUCGAUUCUCUUUCGUGGAUCUUGAGACACCACAGCCCGAUUGUUGUCUGCAAGACUCUUCACCAACUUAGAAAAGGGGGAGCUGUAAGAGCUAUUAUCGCUCUGCUCCAUGCUGAUAUGCAUCAGAAGGGGACUGAGGGAAGUGUAUGCCACUUAGCUACUUCAGUCAUCACCAUAGCACCUGGGAUGAAUGGAGACCAGGCAGUGGCUAAGAUAACCAAGCGCUCAAAAUCUGGGAAAGUUAUGCAAGAUGAGGAGAUUUUUAACAUCAACAAGGAUUUUACAGUCACAGUACAGAGCAAGCUUGGACCUAAAAACACUCCCACAGAGGAAAAGGAGCUGGAUCCAACAGCAAACUUGACCUUCAAUCUUCGACUGUCAGAUACUGAGCGCAAAGCCAAGGAGAAACUUGCACUUCCCUUUGUCUUCAGCAAAGAGAAGAAAACUGCUCUGCUCCACUCCGGGCCAGGUUCUGGAAGGAUUCUUUACGAGCCGGAUUCCAACGACGACUAUGAUCAGGAGGACCCUGAUGAUGAUCUUGAUGUGUAGCAUUUGGUUAUAAAAUCCACUGGAUAUUUUAAUGUCCUACCAAUUCUGGACUCCAAGAUUCAAAGCCUUAACCCCACCUUAUAGAGCUUUAAAAAUACAGAAUGAUAUCUGUAAGAAAUCUGUAUCAUGUUUACUAUAAAGAGGGUUUUCAUUAUUUCUCUUACCAGCCAAGAUAUAUCUGUUUUUGUAUCUUAUUGAAUAAAUGUAUAUGCUAUAAUCCA